AUGCCCAGAAUCGCACAAGGUCCUCGUCAAAAUCUGUCUCAGGGAUCUACUUGUGUUACCACCCUGAAGAACUCCUCUGUCACUCCUGCAUUCCUGCAAAGCACGUUGCAAUCCACCGCUCCCAAGCUCUCCACCUGGUGCAACAGCGACAUGAGGGCAAACACGAAUCUCCGACUGCACCUCGAUGCCAAAUAUCGUCCGAGCAAUGUCAUCUCAGCAAACUCGAGAGUAUUAGCCAUCCCAGACCUCCCCCUGCCCAACAUUCUUCAUCAUCAGAAUGUCGUUCGAGACCUUCCACAGCAAGCGCCCACCACCUUGGAAAUUCCAGUGGAUGGCUUCCUCAACGGCAACGGCAACGACGACUACGUAGCACCAACAUACCUCAAAGUACUGGGUGGAGUGGUGCUGGCAUUGAUCUUCGUGACAGUCAUGUCGAUCUACAUUCACAGCAUCUACACCAUGCUCACUCGCGCGAGGGAAGAGAGGCGUACCUGUUUGAUACGACAGCUCUCUUCAGAUGAACUAGGACUUUCUUCAACCGAAUCAGACCUGGAGUCGGACAUGGACAUUCGAUCAGACGAGCUGACACCACUCCAAAUUGACUGGCUACAUUUUCGCAACGGUCUCGCACGGAGGCUCUCUUCAGCCACGUCAGCCUCAUCAGCAGAGAACAGUGAGCAGGAGCAGACGUCUCUUAACAUCGAUUGGCUCUAUUUUCAGCCAGAGACGCUGAGAAGACAUGCCCGAAACCUCGCACAAUUCCGGGCCAAGGAUUAUUUGGGCGGCCCGGUGCUGUUUGAGCUCUGUGGUUGCCAGAUCUGUAGAUAUACCUAUCAGAAGUUGGGCGGAUCGACGGUUUGA